AAAGCCCUGAGGAUUCUAGACCCUAUCAGGCAAGAGAAUAAUUUGGGUGGAAUCCCCUUUUAGUGAGACUAAAAGUUAAAACUCCAUGGUAAAUUAGUAGGCCUCAAAAGUGUGCGAAAAAGACGUCUGUAAAUAAGUAAAUAGGAGUGUGGAUGAUUGUGUGAGUGAACGGAGACAGAAAUACCAUUUGGUAUUUUUUUUCUCAUACCAAAACAGUGGGAAAGAAAGCAAUAAACCUUACAGGAAGCAAAGGCAAGAAUUCUCCACUCGAAAGAGUUGAAGUGAGAAUUACCUGGAAAGGUAUUUUAAUUAUUGCCCCACUGAUAACAUCCCAACGUUUAGAACACCCUAGGUGUUAACCCAGCGUUGGACCAAAAUACAUAAAAAACAGCUCCAGUAUGGGCAAGAGUCAAAGUAAGCCCAAAACUAGGGAGGAUUUACAGUGUAAAGAUUGGAAGUAUAUAGAAAAACAGGAUCCUGAUAAAUUAAAAUAUUUGGAUAAAUGGGUAAAAGAUUACGGGUUUAAUGGUAAACUAAACGUCAAAACAAUUAAGCUACUACAGGAAACAAUACAAAACAACACUAACAAAGAUCCUAAAAAGAUGAAAAAGUCAGGUUAUGAGGAAACCAAAUAUUGGAUAAAAGUAGCUGAAAAACGUGAAGCUGGAGAAAGAGACAGAAAAAAGAGGGAAAAAAUAGGAGAAGUAGAUGAGAAAACUGAAGAAAAACAACAAGUAAUGUUUCACAGACAGGAGGAUGAUGAGACAGGGCCGGUAGGAAGAAGGGCAGAACAGAGAAAUGAGGAAGGUGCCUCAGGGGGACCUCCUCCUACAGCUCGACUAUACCCUGAUAUUCCCCAAGAGGGACCCCCUGAGUAUAAUACCACACCUCCCAGAGCACUAAGAUCAACCCGAGGUACUGCAGGCCUCGGAUGGUCUAAGAAAUUGGGAGCAGUUUUUUCCCCAACUAAUACUCCAACCGUUGACACAAAAGUAGCAGAUGAGUAUCCUAUGAUACAAGUAGCUAAUCCAAACACGAAUGAAGGCCAACCACCAACAAUCCUUGUUUAUAGAACUUGGAACAUGAAUGAUGUUAAAAAAGCCUUAGAGGGCAUAACUCCAUACAAAGAAGAUGUCACGCAAUUUGUAAUUGACAUGGAAAAAGUGCGAAAAUCCUAUCAUCUAAAUGGACAAGAAGUCCAACAAAUCUGGAUGUGUGCUCUGGGACCAGAUUGGCAUAACGUUAGAGGAGAUUGGAAUCCUCUGAACACAGCAGGUGACGGUCCUCUUCCAUGGGACAGCCAACAAAUGGCAGUAGAAGUAAACGGUCUGGCAACCAGAGCCACAGCCAGGUUUAAACAAAAAGCAAAUUACACUGAAAUAGGCAGAGCAAGACAAAAAGACGAUGAAACUUUUGAUGACUAUAGACACCGCAUGACUACAGUGUUUAAAAUCCAUUCGGGACUAAUUGACGACAAUAAUGACCAAGGAGCUUACAGACAACAGUUGAAAAAUGCUUUACAUAUGGGCUCAAAAGACGCAAUCAGAAGCUGGGUGCAGAGGCACUACAUUGGACUGUCUACUGGUACCCUUGAUGAGUACAUUAAUUAUGCUUUGCACGCAGAAAAGGUUGCUAAAGAAAAAAAACAAAAAGACAGUAGGAACGUUUUUUGGUGAGGUAGAGACUGAGGAAGUGUUUUACCAUGACCAGAAUAGAGGUAAAGAGAAAAGCAGAACUAACCCAGGAAGACAUCUUUGUCUUAAAAGGUUCAGGGCUACCUUAUUACUACUAUUCUUUAGAUGUCCCAAAUAAACCCCCACACGGCACUGCAACUGCAUUAAUGACAGAGGGAAGACAAGUUAUUUCCAGACCACAAGACAAAAUGGAGGAAGGAAAUUUGCAUGUCACUCUAUGGUUCAAAAUCACUCCAGGACCGGACACAGAAUAUGAAGCAAAAUUAGACAGAGCAACACCUGUUAAAAUCACAAUAGAUUACAUUUAUUCGGAUGCAGAAAAUACUGCCGUUGCAGGUGUAAUCAUACCAGAUAAUUUAAAACCACUAAACAGGUUGUGGCUUCCAUCCCAUAUUUCGCUGUAUAAAAAUGAAAACUUGCAGUGGAAAGACCUGGGGAAGCUGGUUCAGCAAGCCAAAGCGGCAACUGACUGGACAGCGACCUCCGUCAACACGUGGA